AUGAGGAGCAUAUUGGAAGAGUCGAUGCUGGAAAGGCGCAGCAUGCCUCUCGAAAAUCGUCCGCGACUUCCCCGCAUACCCCUUAGCAAGCGCAAUCGGGCUGUCGUGCGAGCUCUUAACCCAAUGCUGGUGACCUAUUUGGAAGCCAGCCGGAAUCUUUGCGAGAUGGACUCAACUCUUUUUGGCGCCGCACUGGCAGUAUGCCGUAUUCUGGGUGCCAAACUUCCCAUUUCUGGACGUGCUACUCAACAAAGUAGCGCCAUCACAGCCUGGAGAAAAAUAAUCGAAGACCAUAUCGCAAAGGCAAGAGCCCUUAUCGGCAGACUGACAAGCUUCAGGUCGGCCGAUAUCAAGCAGAAACUAACGGAGCGCAUAGAUGACCUGAAGCAAAAAAUCGCUGCUUGGCGAAAGCGGAUUCGACGAUUUAGCGAGAGGUCAAGGUGGUUUAACCAGAAUCGUCUCUUUCAGAGUGAUCAGAAGAGGCUCUAUAAAUCAUUGGAGCGACAAGAGGUAUAUGGAGCGGGCCCAGGACCGGAUCAGGCUGACACUGUCGCAUUUUGGCGUGGCCUGUGGUCAGAGCUCGUAAACCACAACGAGGGCCCUUGGAUGGAAGUUGUAGCGAGCCAGAGUGCAAGUGUUACGCCUGUGGACCCCAUCACCAUAACGCCUGAAAACGUGGCUGAGGCGGUCUGUAGGGCCUUGACUGUACAGUUCGAGAUUUCCUCGGAAUAA